CAGGUGGGUUGACAGAAGAAGGCCUCAUGCACCAGCACAUAAUGCAAAAUCUCUACCACCCCUCUGAGCCUGUUGGAAAGUGCCUCAGAUUAAGGAAACCUCCUUCAAAACCGGAUUUCUUCCGCGACUAUGCCUUUCGCUCACGACCAGUCAUCGUCGAAAACGCAGUCCAAAACUGGCCUGCCUUCAAGAAAUGGACCGCCGAAUAUCUCAGGGAGCGCUACGGCGAGAGACAGGUCCACAUAAAGUUAACCCCAGACGGGGUUUUUGAGGGUGUAGAGAGUGCCCGAAUUUGGUCGGACUACAGACAAGACUGGAUCCCUGAAGCAGUAAAGUCCCAACUCCAGUUCCCCGAUCUGGUGGUGGUGAGGCCAGCCACAAGCGAAAUGCGUUUCUCCGAUUUCCUCGAUUUUAUCGCAUCAGGAAACCGAACAUUCUCGGCCUAUCUGGAGUACUCUUCGAUCCCUUACUACAUGCCCAGUCUUCAGCAGGACAUUUUUGAACUCCCAUUUGUCGGUGGAGAACUGGAAGUUAAACACCUCAACAUGUGGCUCAGUGAUGGUAACACGCUGGGGAAACUGCACUUUGAUCCAUACGACAACCUCCUAUGUCAGGUGUCUGGAGAGAAGCACGUGACUCUAUUUGACCCCCACCACAAUGAGAACCUCUACGAGGCCCACAUCCCCGAGGCCAUACUAUCCUACUCUCCCCGCACCGGUCACUUCAGUCGCCAGAGACUACUGGAGAGCACCUCCAUGGUCAUGUCACCAGUGGACAUACAGGAUCCAGAUCUCGUUAGGUUCCCGAGGUUCUCGCGUGCUCAUCGACUCGAGUGUGAUUUGGGCCCUGGGGACGUGUUGUUCAUGCCGGCGUUCUGGUGGCACGAGGUGCGGUCUCGUCCCGACCUUCGCGAGAGGAGGAAUCUCGCCGUCAAUUUCUGGUAUGAACCAGUCCUAACAAAAGAGUUCCCUUGCCCCGAGUGUCGACUUCAGUUCAACUUCAACAACCGACACCUUCUCGGAAAAUAGCGACUCCUUCUCAGAGCCCCAUUCGCCUCAAAUCACAUUUGUGUCAAUGAAUCGUGCUAUGUGUAAUACUCU